CUAUCAGCGAAGGUUUGUAUUUAAAAGUCAGUCGCUGAUUGGCUCAAAUUUUGAGUAUCGGUCCGUUUAAACUGGGGGCGGCAGUAGGCUGAUUUCAAAUCAAGGACAUAACAUAUUUUUCUUGUCUUAUCUUUUGUGUCAGAGGGCCUACUUGGAACAGUGAUGGCAUCCCAGAAUGUGGACCCGGCCGCUGGAGCAUCUGCGGCGGCGCUGAAGGGAAGCGAGGGCGGCAUCACCCUCGCCAAAGGCUCGGUGACAAAACGGCUGCAAAAGGAGCUGAUGACUCUGAUGAUGGCUGGUGAUAAGGGGAUCACGGCGUUUCCCGAAUCGGAAAACCUCUUCAAAUGGAUCGCAACUAUCAACGGCGCUGAGGGGACGGUGUACGAGGGUCUGUGGUACAAGUUGUCUCUGGAGUUCCCAGCCGGCUAUCCCUACCAGGCUCCUCAAGUCCGCUUCUUGUCUACGUGUUUUCACCCCAACGUAAACGAGCAGGGCUACAUCUGCCUGGACAUCCUUAAGGACAAAUGGUCGGCGCUCCUGGACGUCCGCUCAGUCCUGCUGUCCAUCCAGAGCUUGCUCGGAGAACCCAACACAGAAAGUCCGUUGAACACGACUGCUGCUGAGCUUUGGUCAAAUCAAGAAGCCUACAAAGCUCAUUUACGCUCAACCUUCCAGAAGUGAACUUGCCCCACUUUUUUUAUUAUUUGUAUGUCUUCUGUUUGUACAAUAUAUUUGUUUGUUUGUUUGCCUUUGCCGUUUCAAUAAAGUUCCUAAUUCAAAAACACACAAAA